UCGAGAAGGUUUUCCUCUUCCUCCGAUGUCACCCCUACGCGGACGCGUCAGUAGACGGGCAGCAGCAGCAGCACACCUCCCGGCCUCGAGCACCGUCACCAAACGCUCCAGGGAAACGAUCGCGAGGCGCUCUUCCGAGGAUACCAGCGCAAGUUUGACCGAUAAAGGUCGGCCGAAGAAGCUGCGUGUUUUUCGUCGGAAAAGGCAGCUUGUGUCUGUGUGUGUUGGCGGAGAGUGGAAAGACGGCAUCCGGCCUCCGAGAAGCAGGCGAGGGCAGGGACUCGCGUCCAAACAACGUUUACCGUCUCUGGCCCCCCCUGCCUCAGAGGCCCAUGGAGAGGAUGAAGAGGUUUAAGAGACGUUUGUCGCUCACCCUGCGUGGUAGCCAGACGAUCGAUGAAUCGCUCUCGGAGCUGGCGGAACAGAUGACCAUCGAGGAGAACAGCAGCAAGGACAGCGAGCCCAUUGUGAGGAAUGGCCGGCCGCCCUCCUCCCACAGCAUGCACUCGUUUUUGCACCAGUACACGGGUAUGGGCUCCUUUAAGAAGCCUCCCCUGCGCCGACCGCACAGUGUCAUCGGGGGCAGUCUGGGGUCCUUCAUGGCCAUGCCUCGAAACGGCAGCCGUCUCGACAUUGUUCAUGAGAAUCUGAAGAUGGGUUCGGAUGGAGAGAGCGAUCAGGCCUCAGGGACGUCCUCGGACGAAGUGCAAUCGCCCACCGGCGUGUGUCUCCGCACCAGAACUCAUCGGCGCAUAUCCAUGGAGGACCUGAAUAAACGCUUGUCUUUGCCUGCUGAUAUCCGGAUUCCUGACGGUUACCUGGAAAAGCUGCAGCUGAGCAGCCCACCAUUUGACCAACCCCUCAGCCGACGGUCACGUAGAGCCUCGCUGUCAGAAAUCGGCUUUGGGAAACUGGAGACCUACAUCAAACUGGACAAGUUGGGAGAGGGGACGUAUGCCACUGUUUUCAAGGGGCGGAGCAAACUGACAGACAACCUGGUAGCUCUGAAAGAGAUCCGAUUGGAGCAUGAGGAGGGCGCUCCAUGCACAGCUAUUAGAGAGGUGUCAUUAUUGAAGGAUUUAAAGCACGCCAACAUCGUCACGCUUCAUGAUAUUGUCCACACGGACAAAUCCCUCACUCUGGUCUUUGAGUAUCUGGAUAAGGAUCUGAAGCAGUACAUGGACGAUUGUGGAAACAUCAUGAGCAUGCACAAUGUUAAGAUUUUCCUGUUUCAAAUCUUGAGAGGACUGGCGUACUGUCACAGACGGAAGGUUCUGCACCGGGACCUGAAACCACAGAACCUGCUCAUCAGUGAAAGGGGUGAACUCAAACUGGCCGACUUUGGUCUGGCACGAGCCAAGUCAGUUCCCACUAAGACAUACUCUAAUGAGGUGGUGACCUUAUGGUACAGACCUCCUGAUGUACUACUGGGAUCCUCCGAGUACUCCACACAGAUCGAUAUGUGGGGUGUCGGAUGUAUAUUUUAUGAAAUGGCCGCAGGUCGGCCGCUGUUCCCAGGAUCCACCGUUGAAGAUGAGCUGCAUCUAAUCUUCAGAUUACUGGGUACACCUACAGAGGACAACUGGCCCGGCAUCUCGUCAAUCGAAGAGUUCAAAUCCUACAACUUCCCCAAAUACAAGCCUCAGCCCUUCAUCAAUCAUGCACCCAGGUUGGAUACUGAAGGAAUAGAACUGUUAUUGUCCUUUCUAAGGUAUGAGUCCAAGAAGAGGAUCUCUGCAGAUGAAUCAAUGAAACACUCCUACUUCAAGAGUCUGGGCAUGCGUGUGCACACACUGCCAGAAAGCAUAUCCAUAUUUACACUGAAGGAAGUGCAGCUUCAGAGGGACCCCGGUUACCGGAACUCCUCGUACCCCGAGACAGGCAACAGCAAGAACAGACGGCAGAGCAUGCUGUUUUAAGCUGCGUUUCCUCACACUCUUGCCCAUUGCUCUCACACUCUUGCAUACAAACACACACACACACUUGACGGAUCAGUUCGACAGCUCUUACUCCGUGACUGUGUUGUAUAGACUAACAGACUUAGUCCCCCCUUGCUCACAGAGAGAGGGGUGUUUGUCGCGUGUGCAUGCGUGAUGAAUGGGAUCGGCCGAAUCCGCCAAAACCCCCCCCAGUGUCCCGCCAUCAAGCAUGCAGCCUUGAGCCAGAGCGCCCAUCGGCCACUCGUCUGGACGCCCCUUCCCCUUGCCCUGUGUGACGCUUAGGGUGUGCGAGCGUGUGAACGUGUAUAUAUUUAUUGACGGAGGGGUUGUUUUGCUGCUAAUUGACUACUGUCUCUACGUAACUUCCUCACUCUCGGGGCGCCCCUCGUGGACACAUCAGUCCCAUGUUUUUGUUUUGUUUUAAAAGAACGAUUAUAAUUCUGUUGAAACAAAAUGUUGAUAUCGCAGCUGUCCGUCUGUCAUUGUGUUGGUUUUACAGAGGUGGAAUGCCUAUACGAGUGUUUUGACUUUGCUUUUGGUUUUCUGGCAUGGCGAUUCAAACCGAGCGACAGAUUCAAAACAUUCAUUCCAAGACCUCAAAUUUUAACGUAUCAUUUCAAGAAAAAAGUGGUUUUUUUUUU